AUGGCUAAGAAUUCAGAAGCGAGUUUGAAUGCCCAGGCGUUGAAUUAGUUCGUCGAAGAGAACCAGAAACUGGCUGAGGAGUGUGGAAAUCUGUUGAGUCAGUGUAGGAAAUGGGAGAAAGAGUGCUUACUCUAUCAUUAAGAUCGUUAUGCGUUGAUGGAAUUCGAUGAAUCUGAUGAGAGAGCCAGAGAAGCAGAAGGUAGGGUUCGUGAUUUGGAAGACGAAAUUGGUAGAUAGUAUGAGGAAUUGCAGAUCUUUAAGCGAGAAAUUGGGAUUGACCAAGUUGACAACUGCACACCAUUAGAAGAAGAUUUGCCUGAUUCAGUUUUGGGAUCACUCAUAAGGGAAAGUACAAUGGGGCGUCUCUUCUUGGAGUCAAACACUCAAGACAAAUCUUGCCAAGCCUUGUUGAGCAGGUGGGAUCGAUUAAAGCCUUCAACGGAAAAGGUUCUGACUUUUGUAUCAAAGGCAAAUAAAUUUGAAGCAGAAAAGUAAUGCAUUAUCCAGAAUCUCGCUAAAGCCGGGCAAGAGGCAGAACUUAUGAGCAUGCAAAACCGAAAGCUGGAAGAAAAUCGUAAGUUGUUAUGGCAACAAAGCCCUCUUGUUUCUGGUGAGAAAAGUCACAAAAGCGCAUCUGCAAAGUCAAACAAGAGAAAGAGUCUGAAGAUGAUGAGCAGUCCCAUUGAGAAGAAGCUUGAGUUUAGUAGCAGUCCAGAAAUCAGAAGGAAUCCUCUAUCACCUGUGGGGAACUACUCAUCAGAUUCUAGGAUCAAAAAGAAGUAAUGACAGAUGAAUCAAGCAUGCAUAUCUCUGUAUUAUCAAUGUGUGUCUUGAAGGAAAGGAAAAAAAAUAACAGGUUUGGAUUACAUUGCCGCUUCACUGAAGCUAGUUUCCAACAUGUAUGGCUAUCAGAACUUGACUAGAAAAUCAUGUUACUAACUAAUGAAAAACUUCUAUAAGAAAAAUGUGAAGCCUCCAACCAAA